ACGACGUCAACAAACGCCCGUUGGAAGGCGCGAGGUCGGGAUCGACGCGUUCAAGGUGCCGCCGCCGCCGAGGCCCCGUGAGAGGCGCUGUCCGAACCGAGCGAGCGGCCGCCAUGACCAAGUACUGCCGGGCGCCCAACUGCUCCAACUCCGCGGGGCAGCCCCGGCCGGACAACCAGCGCCUCAGCUUCUACAAGUUUCCCCUGCACAACCCUGAGCGUCUCCGGCAAUGGCUGUCCCAGAUGAACCAAGAGAAGUGGGUCCCAACGAAACACCAGCACUUGUGCAGCGAGCACUUUGCACCAUCCUGUUUCGAAUACCGGUGGGGAGUGCGCUACCUGAAGCCCGACGCCAUUCCCACGAUCUUCCAGCCGUCGGACAGCCCGCUGAAGAGGGAAAAUGCUGCCAGGCCUCCCUCAAAUGUACCAGCCAAGAAGCUCAUCCUUGAAUGUCAUGGGGAGAGGAGCCUGCCGGGGCCCCAGGCCCUCAGCCGCCGGGAGCCGAACGCACUGGAGACGCUCGCCAUCGCCAUAGAUCCCAGCGUGGCGGCUGCCCCGAUCUACGUGGAAACCCAGUCCCCUGCCUCUGACCUCGACUUCCACGCCCUCUCCGGCCCCCUCGUUGGGGCUGUCAACCUGGUGCCGUUAGUUCAAAUCAUGGAGCCGCUCAAGGCCGUGACACUGACGGUGGCUUCCCCAGGGGAGGCUGUCCCGGGCCAUCCUUUCCCGGACCCGGUGGAGCAGCAGGUGGUUGAUUUCGUGGCCGCCCUGCCGCCACCGACUCUGGAAACUGUGCCGAGCUCCCCCGUCGGGGUCUCUGGUCAGUUCUGCGCAGACGUCGCGGUGCCGUGCGAGGUGGUGGCGGCGGCGGCAGACCAGCCGCCGUUGCAGGCCCUGGUGGCCGAUCAACCAAUGACAGCAGAGCAGGGUGCCCUCAUCAUCGAGAACAUCUCCAUCGAGCCCUUUCUGGAGGCCGGCCCUUCUGCCGCUGCCGCCCUGUGCUCCCUGCAGGAGUCCUCCACCGAGAUGGUGGCCUACUUCGAGACGAUCCCGACGGCGCCCAUCACGGCGGCUGCCUCUUCUGGCGUGACGCCCCCCGAGACGGUGCUGUCCUCUGCCCUCAGCCUGCCCAUCGUCUCCACCGUCCCCAUCGUCUCCAACCAAGCCUCCCCGGAGUCCUCCCUGACCGAGGAGGCGAGGCUGGAAGAGCUGAGCUCUGCAGAGUCAUCGGAGGAGCAGCUGGAGGAACAUCGCUACCACAAGAACGAGGGCACCACGGCGGAGCUGGUGGACGUGGUGAUGGGCCUCCAGAAGAAAGUGAAGGUGCUCCAGCAGCGGCACCGUCGGCACUGCGCCAAGCUGGAGGCCAUGGAAGGGGUGGUGGAGCAGCUGAGGAAGGAGAACCUGGUGUCCGAAGAGAAGCUGAAGCUCCUGGAGAUGGCCUGCCUGCAAUCUAGCACUAUUAUGCCAGAGAGCGGCAGUACAGUCGCCAUUAUCUGCCAGGAAAAUGACCAGGCGCUGGUCUAUGCUGUGCCUCAGCUCCCAGAAGCAGGGAGCGAGACCAUCAUCCACGUCGAAGAGCAGUAAUGUUGGGAGCAACGGAGGGCGAUCGUGUUCUGUGUCCGGCUUGGCCAAAGGCGCCUGUCCAGGAAAUCUGCGGAGCCAAACUCCUUCAGCUGCGCGAAUCACCGCGCGGCGCGGCCCCAUGCUGAGCCUCUUCCGGUUCUGCCUGCGUAUCUGAUGGCCUUACUGCUGCUAUGGCACCUUAUUCUGUGGGGAAGGUUUUUAUCUGAAAUAAUUACGUAUAAAAUUGUUUUGGUGGGGGAAUGAACUACUGGCUGUGUGUGUGUGUGUUCACCUCUUUCUCUGCCCCUGAGUCGUGAUGCUGCUCCUGUCACCCAGUUCCUGAUUUCAGUUGCUGUCCGGUGAUGAGCCAGAGUUAGCCGUUGUUCCUCACCUGCUUGACCUUCUAGUGAACCGUAGCCCUUUCUCGGGGGCUAAAACCUGCUGCAUUGUGCCUCUACACUUCUCACGCUCUACUUCCAUGCCUCUCCUGUGCCUGUCUAAAGGGCUUCUGGGAUUUUGGGAUUCCACCUCCAGCAUAACUUAUUGCAGUGGUUGGUGGCAUCUCAGCAGCUUCCAUACUAAGAGGAGGACAGGCAAGAGCUCAAGGUCUUGGUCCCUCAUGCCACAGAUCCUUUGCAUUAAAAAAAUAUGGCCGCCUCCACUCGCACAACAUCCCUCCCGGGGAUGAUUCCGGCAGGAGGUAAAUCCGGGAUUCCCCCCCUCCCUCUACACCUGUAUGGUGUAGAAAGAACUUUAAACUGCCUCAUUAAAGCAGUGGCUUCCAUAAGUCACUUCCAUAUCUACAAACAUACUAUAGGAAGGAUAGAGAAGUGUGUUGACUUCUGGUGUCCUUUGCAUCCACAAAUCUUUCUCACAACUAGCAGAGGCUCUCGGCUGCUUUCACAUUUCCUUUUUUUCAGUGGUUUUAUGGUGAUUCAGUCUUGGGGUUCCAUUUCAUACAGUGUUUUUUAUCUUCUAGGGAGCAAGUCUUCCCAGCUACCUGCUAAAUAAAUUAAUUGAUUACUGACUGAGUGAAUAAGUGGAUGCAAUUAUAAAUCAUCUUAUUAUUAUUUAAGUCUUCAGGGUUUGGGGUUUUGUUUUGUUUUUAACAUGAGCCUGUGUGAUUAAAAACUAACCCAGGGAUUGGAGGACAGGCUAAGCGGGAAAUUAAAAAAAUGACAUUAUGAUUGUAGGUUUUGGUCAUGGGCACAAAGAGGAAAGAGGAGGGCCUCUUUGGGAGUGAUGUUGUAUUUAACAGUGCUGUAAUGAAGAGAAAAUAAUAAAUGGGGUAUAUUGAAAAA